AUGGAUUUCACCGCUGGCUUAAAAACUGCUCCGUCAGUUUUGUUUUGUAUUUUAUUUCUCGUUGCCGGGAUAGUGGUAACCGUCGAAUUAUUGUACAGUGCAAGAAAGGUCCAUACUCUUUUCCUCGCCAAGAUACACCGAAGUGAAGUAGUCUUCCCUGAGAAUGUGUCUGCCCAAGAGAUAGUGCGAACUCAUAGAAAGAAAUUACGUGCUUUGCUUCCAAGAUACCUUAGUUUUAUCAUUGCUUGUUUUUCCGAAGGUGUGGGAUACAUUUUCCGUGUUAUACUUUGCAAAGGUUCCUUCAAUGUCAAUGAUUACAUUGCUAUGAGUACUUUGAUCUUGAUUGGUCCGAGUAUUGAGAUGGUCACCAUUCUCUUCGUGUACCGUCGGAUGUUGAAACGUAUUGGCUGUGGUGACCCGCUCAAUCUUUCUCCAAGACUCAACAGAAUGCUCUUUUUUGGACUUAUCGUUAGUUCAUCAGUGAUGCAAGUCGUGGCCGGUGCGAAAUUAUCUGAUCCAAACGCACUUGAUGAAGUUUUGACUUACUAUAUUGCUGGGAUCUCGUUGCAAAUUGCGAUGUUCGGGAUCCUUCUUUUUUCGAUGCUUAAAUUCAGUUUGACCAUCCAUACUCAUCAAUUCCCUCACUUGACUGCUCAUUGGAAAACCAUGAACUGGGCUCUUUUCCUCUCCACUACGGCGUUAUUAGUGAGAUCUAUCAUCAGAUUGGUGGAAUAUAAACAAGGUUGGGAAGGAUAUAUCAUGAAUCACUCAUGGUUUUUCUACGUGUUUGAUUCGACCCCAGUGUUCUUGGUGACAAUAUUUUUCAUCAUGGGAGGCCCAUUGUAUACCCCAUUUGUUUUGGAAAGUGAAACAUAUCUUUACAAUUUGGGAAUUCUCAAUGGUAAAAGUGAAGAAACUGAAUUAGCGUCGAUUUGA